ACGGUUUGUUUUGACUGACGUUUCUGGAGGUGCUGCGGAAGGUUCCUGCUACGAAAUAACCACGCAGGAACUGCAUAAAUAAUCCCGUUUUUAAUUCGUUAUUACCCACAAAACAGGCUCAUUUAGAUUAGUAGCGUAUAAAUUAACAGCCUAACGCUGCCUGCAAGAUAGCAUCUGUACGAUAGAAACCGACGGUCCGAUAGAACCCCGUCCGCACCAUGGGUAUCUUGGAGAAAAUCUCGGACAUCGAGAAGGAGAUUGCGAAAACACAGAAAAAUAAAGCAACCGAGUAUCAUCUGGGUUUGCUGAAGGCGAAGCUUGCCAAGUACCGGUCACAGCUGUUGGAACCAUCGAAGAAGGGUGAGAAGGGCGACGGUUUCGAUGUGCUCAAGUCGGGCGAUGCUCGUAUUGCCCUGAUCGGUUUCCCAUCGGUGGGUAAAUCGACUUUACUGUCGACACUGACCAAAACCGAAAGUGAGGCAGCGAACUACGAAUUCACGACGCUCACCUGCAUUCCGGGUGUGAUCGAGUACAAGGGCGCUAACAUACAGCUGCUCGAUUUGCCCGGUAUUAUCGAGGGGGCCGCACAGGGCAAGGGUCGCGGUCGGCAGGUAAUUGCCGUGGCCCGUACAGCCGAUCUGGUGCUGAUGAUGCUGGACGCCACCAAACCGAACGUGCACCGGGAUCUGCUCGAGUACGAGCUGGAGUCGGUCGGUUUGCGGUUGAACAAGCGAAAACCGAACAUCUACUUCAAGAUCAAGAAGGGUGGUGGCGUUAGCUUCAACGCCACCUGUCCACUAACGCGCUGCAACGAAAAGAUGGUGCAAACGAUACUGCACUCGUUCAAGAUCUUCAACGCGGAGGUGCUGUUCCGGGAGGAUUGUACCGAGGACGAGUUCAUUGACGUCGUGUCCGGCAAUCGGAUCUAUCUGCCGUGCAUCUACGUGUACAACAAGAUCGAUCAGAUCUCGAUCGAGGAGGUAGACCGGCUGGCACGCCAACCGUACUCGGUUGUGGUCAGCUGUAACAUGCAUCUCAAUCUGGACUAUCUGCUCGAGGUACUGUGGGAACAUUUGCAGCUGAUUCGGGUGUACACUAAAAAGCCGGGUGCACCGCCCGACUUUGAUGAUGGUCUGAUUCUGCGAAGGGGUGUCACGGUGGAACACGUCUGUCACGCAAUUCAUCGUACGCUAGCGGCCCAGUUUAAGUACGCACUCGUGUGGGGCACCUCGACGAAAUAUUCACCCCAGCGGGUUGGCAUAUCGCACAUCAUGAACGAUGAGGACGUUAUUCAGGUGGUGAAAAAGUAAUCCCUUCCCAAAAGCGACAAUUUCACCCCAUGCCAAUCGUGGCAAUGGACGCCACGAUGGGAGGUUUCGGCUUUCGGUAAAGAUAUAGCAGGGCGCACGAAGAACGUACUGACACAAUUUCUUUCCCGUGGUGUUGCCUUUCAGUUACUCGUUAUAAUAAAUACCCACAAGAACAGUCGUAA